UGUGAUGUCGUCCAUAUUGGCCUGCCACCUACUCAUCAAUCUCCACCCUGCGGGCAUCCCCUCCGUUUCAGAGUUAUCACAAUUAUUAUUGUACCUCUCCAAAUAAAUUAGCAAUAAUGCAACAGUUAGACCUUCUAAUACAAGAAAUAGAAAGUAUCGACGAUUACCUGGGACCGACUUUCAGAGCAAUUUAUGAUGGUAAUGAGCAUCAAAAGUUUAUGGAAAAAUUAGAUGAGAGAGUCAAGAGCCAUGACAAAGAUAUUGAACGAAUGUGCAACCAUCAUUAUCAAGGCUUCAUUGACUCUAUACGCGAAUUACUUCAAGUUAGAACGCAAGCACAACAGCUAAAUGCUGAAAUUUUAGAACUUGACAAUAGAAUCAGUGCUACAACAGGUACUGUUAUAGAAAGAAAAGAAGAAUUAGUAAAUGCGAGAAAGGUACAAAGUAAUAUGACUGCAGCAGUUGACAGCUUAACAAUGUGUCUUCCAGUCUUAGCUGCUUAUGCAAAAUUACAAAGACAAUUAAAAGAUAAACGCUAUUAUCCUGCCUUGAAAACUCUCGAACAACUUGAGAAUAAUGAUUUACCAAAAGUAAAAAACUAUAGGUUUUCAACACAAAUAACUCAAAAGAUUCCUUUAUUGAGAAAAAAUAUCAAAGAUGCUUCCAUGUCAGACUUGAGAGAUUUCUUAGAGAAUAUAAGAAAGUACUCUCCAAAAAUUGGUGAAGUGGCAAUGAAACAUACAGCAGAACAAUUAAGUAACGAGGCUGAAAUUAUUGGUAGGAAAAAGAAAAAAGCUCUAAGUUCUGUUCCUUUAGCAGAUGAAGAAGAACCGAGUGCUCAAGAUCUCAUGGAUUUUAGUCCUGUAUAUCGCUGCAUGCAUAUCUAUACUGUACUUGGAGAAGGAGAAACUUUUAAAGCAUAUUAUAGGCAGCAAAGGCAGCAACAGGCACGCCUAGUCUUGCAACCUCCAAUAAAUAUGCAUGAAAGUAUCAUUGGAUACCAGUCUUAUAUUUACGGGAUUCUCGGAUUUUUCGUUGUUGAGGAUCAUAUACUAAAUACUGGCAAUGGUCUUACAACUCGUACAUAUCUGGAAGAGCUGUGGUCAAUGGCUUUAUCUGGAAUUGUUAAUGCUUUGAGAACACAUUCUGCUUAUUGUACAGAUGCAACACUCAUACUGAAAAUAAAAAACUUGAUAAUGCUAUUCAACACAACAUUGAGGAAUUAUGGGUACACGGUCGGACAAUUGUUCGAUUUACUUCAAGAAAUUCGGGUUCAUUACAACGAAGUGCUUAUGCAACAUUGGGUUCAAGUAUUUCGUGAUAUUUUAGACGAAGAUGAGUUUUUACCAGUUCAAGUGGGUUCGCAAGAAGAAUACGACAAAAUUUUAGCUUCGUUUCCGUAUCGAGAUGAAGAGCUCCAGAAGGCGAAGUUUCCAAAGAAAUUUCCAUUCUCGCCCAUGGUACCAAAAGUCUACCACCAAGUCAAAGAAUUUAUUUACGCUUGCUUAAAAUUUUCCGAAGAUUUGAAUCUCACACAAACGGAAAUUGACGAAAUGAUUUGUAAAUCUACUAAUUUACUAUUGACGCGGACCUUUAGUGGAUGUUUGUCUUCGCUUUUCCGUAAACCAUCAUUGGCACUUUUGCAAGUUAUACAGAUUAUUAUAAACACAGGUUAUCUUGAAAGGUCAACAAAAUAUUUGGAAGAAUUCGUUUGUAAUAUCACAGGAACUCCACAUGAAGGUAAAUUAACCACUGGCGGCUUUAAAUCAGCAAUGUUUAGAGUUGCACGGGAUGACGCUGAAAAGCAAAUAUGCGAAAAAUUGAAAAAAAAGCUUGAUGAAUUUCUAGAGCUGGAAAACUAUGACUGGAAUCUGGCUGAGCCCCAAGGCCACGCAUCUGGCUUUAUUACCGAUCUGAUAGCAUUUUUACAAAGCACCUUCACGUGCUUUACAAAUCUUCCGGAGGAAGUUGCGCAAGUCGCAUGUAAAUCAGCCUGCUGUCACAUUGCCAAAUCCAUUUUGAAUAUUUUAACUAGCGAAGAUUUGAAACUAAUAUCGAUGGGUGCUUUACAACAAAUUAAUUUGGACACCAUCCAGUGUGAACAAUUUGCAGCCUCGGAACCUGUUGUUGGAUUUCCGGAGGGAACGUUACUACAAGAAUUCGCUCAAUUACGCCAAUUACUUGAUCUGUUUAUGAGCUGGGAUUGGCCGACUUAUUUCCACGAUUAUAUAAGUGAAUCAAGCAAAUAUAAUCUUGUUACACCGCAAAUGGCUAUUAUUUUGCUUGAAAAAUUGAGAGAGUCUGAUAAAAAAACGGUUUUUUCUGUACUGAAAAAAAGCGAACGAGACAAGAAAAAACUAUUAGAGACAGUUUUGAAACAGUUAAAGCAAUUGGCACAAACUACUCAGCAAUAAAAAUUACAUGAGAAACUGUACAUAUUUAAUAUUGCAAUGAUGUAACUAAUUUAUUAAUUAUUAGUUUUGUAAAGCUGAUUGAUCAUCUGUGUAAAGUGCCUUGAUAUAUUUUCACAAUCAAAUGGGAAAAGAAUCGUAAUAUGAGAAAGAACACUGUCGUUCGAUUGAAGGUUGUAUAUAUUCUUAACUUCGAAAGGUUUUCUUUUUGUUUUAUAUAAUGGCGUU